GUUAUAUGUGUUUCUUUAAGCUUCGGAAUUCAAACAUAUUAAUAAUCAUGAAGCGAAUUACGAAAAUUGAUGGAAGUAAAAGAGAAACACGAACUAGAUCAAAUGCCAUUAAAUGCAAAGAAGAAAAAACUGCAGGCAAUUCAAAGCUGGAUAACUUCAAAUUGGAAUCUAAACCAAAACUGAGCAGAGCUGGAACAUCAAGUGAGAAUUCUAGGAAAACAAAAAUCAAUCAUCUUAAAAUUGAGUAUGAUGAUGUUAUUCCACCAGUAAAAAUAAAGAAAGAGGAAGCAGUGAAAGAGUCAAAAGUUAUUAAGAAAGAAUUUGAUGAUGUUGCUGUUAAAACUGAAGUUGAUGGUGUAUACAAAAAUGAAGAAAAUUUUCCAAAAAACUGGAAAAUAGUGUUAAAUAAUUUGAGAGAGAUGAGAAAAGACCAUAAUGCACCAGUGGAUUCUAUGGGAUGUGACCAAUGUAUGGAUGAGGAAGCAAAUCCAAUAGACCAAAGAUAUCAGGCAUUAUUGUCUUUGAUGUUAAGCAGUCAAACAAAGGAUGAAAUAACUCAUGCAGCGAUGCAAAGGUUAAAUCAGCAUGGGUGUACUGUUAAAAACAUUAUCAAUACAUCUGAUGAGGACUUGGGUAAAUUGAUUUAUCCAGUUGGAUUUUGGAAAAGUAAAGUGAAAUAUAUUAAAGAGACAUCUCAGAUGAUUGUUGACCAAUUCAAUGGAGACAUACCAAAGACAGUCAAAGAUUUAUGCAAGUUAAAAGGGGUUGGUCCAAAAAUGGCUCAUCUCUGUAUGAAAACAGCAUGGGGGGAAGUGACUGGAAUAGGAGUGGAUACACAUGUGCAUAGGAUUUCCAAUAGAUUAAAAUGGGUCAAUACAAAAACACCUGAAGAAACUAGGAAUGAACUGGAAGGUUGGCUGCCAAAAGAAUUAUGGAGUGAAGUAAAUCAUUUAUUGGUUGGCUUUGGACAACAGAUUUGUCAGCCAAAGAAACCACAAUGUGCAACCUGUUUAAAUAAUGAGUUGUGUCCAUUCGGAAUUGCUGAAUUAAAAUGUCAUAAGAAAACUAAAUAAUUUGAA